AUACUCUUUCACCAUGUUGGAUAAAGUAAAGCACAUAAUUCUGGUACUUUCCGGUAAGGGUGGUGUCGGAAAAUCGACCGUCAGCACACAGCUUGCCUUAGCGUUAGCGGAAGCAGAUCACAAGGUUGGCUUACUCGAUAUAGAUCUGUGCGGACCAUCCGUCCCUUUUCUGCUCGGGCUUGAAGAUCAAGAUGUACACCAGUGCGAUGAAGGUUGGGUACCGGUUUACACCAGUGCCGAGAAAAAGCUUGCAGUCAUGUCGAUCGGUUUUCUGCUCAAGAAUCGUUCCGAUGCCGUCAUCUGGCGUGGACCGAAGAAAACUGCCAUGAUAAAGCAAUUUCUGGAGGACGUGAAUUGGGACGAGCUGGACUAUCUUAUCAUCGACACACCGCCGGGAACAUCGGACGAGCACAUCACCGUAAUGGAAUGCUUAAAAACAGUCAACACGGAUGGUGCAAUCAUUGUAACGACACCGCAAGAGAUGGCCCUGGAAGAUGUACGCAAGGAGGUAACAUUCUGCAAGAAGACGGGCAUCAACAUACUAGGAAUUGUGGAGAAUAUGAGUGGUUUCGUGUGUCCCAACUGUUCCGAGUGUACAAACAUUUUCUCUUCCGGUGGUGGUCAUUCGCUAGCGGAACUGGCGAAGGUACCCCAUCUCGGUACGCUACCGAUCGAUCCGCGCGUGGGUGAGCUAGCCGGGACAGGCAAAUCGUGCGUAAAGGAACUUCCGGAUUGUACCACCACCGAGGUGCUGCAGCAGAUUGUUCGGACGAUAACGGUUGGAGCGGAAUAA